AGAACUCUAAAUUCUGUGAUCGAUUCAAAACUUUUUGUCGAAAAUGCAGAGUCCCUUUCUGUUUCUUUUCAUAACUCAGAAGAUACCGAGGAAGGGUUAAUUGAUGAUAAAGUCGAUUCUUCCUCAGUUGAAUCUGAGGCUAAAGUUCUUGGGCUAGUUGCAAAGCGGAGUUAUCUCGAAAAUUGUUUGAAAUCUCUUCAGUCUCAAGUUGAACAUCUCAACACUUUGAAAAGACAUAUGCGGGAAUCUGCUGAAUUUUCGGCAGACUUUGAACGGCUCUAUACGGAAAAGAAGAACAGGUUAAAGUCUCUCAAUUCCUAUCUUGAGGGGUUGAGAAAAAGCGUUACCUCUUCAAAACUAAAAACUCUUGAGAGUUAUGACACCGCUUUAACUUCAUCAAAUCGUCUAUCUUAUCUAAUUAAAGAUAUCUGGAGUCAUAACGACGGCAAGGCAAUCAACUUGGCUUCUUCUGCUGUAAUGAACAUUUCUCAAUGUCUUCACGCCCCCUACUUAAGUACCCCAAUUGUACCUCCUCUCUAUCAAGAGUUAUGCAUGCGUUUAAAUUCAGCACCUUUUAUAACACCGAUCGGAAGAAUAGUUGACCGAAUUCAAUCAAUUGUUGCUGAUUGCAGAAGUAUUGAUCUAAUUAAUGAGGAGCUAAUUCGCUCCUUGACUGAUCUAAAAUCGCUGCGAGAUGGAUUACGCAAUUCGUUGGAAACUUUACGAAAUGGGGAGAAAGAGGCUUGUUUAGCGAUGGCUGGACUUCUGAAAAAGAUUUCUAUAAACUGUGUCAAGUUGACAGAUAGUCAAAAGAAUUUGAGCAAUAUUUGGAACUAUUGGUCCGAGUUCAUACCACAAGACGAAAAUCGAGGAUAUUCACUGGCGAGUUUUGGCACGUUGAAGAUAUUUUUUGAUGAUUUGCUGAAUAUCUGA